AUGCCCCCCAAACCAGGCCGCCUCGCAUCCAUUCUCCGUCCGUGGGAUAUGAUUUGGCUUUCUAUUUGCCUACACUGGGAAGCAUUGACGCAAGCGAUUCGGCGAGACGGCCUCGCAGCACUUGGCCGUCCAGGAGAAAUUCGAGAUGCCGCCUCAGCAAAGUUGUUCAGCCUAACCUCUGGCAAUUUCAUCGCUUACGAAGACACAACCAUUGUUCCCUCGCUUGUCAAAACCGCCAGGGGCGUUAUUCUCGAAUUGGGCCCUGGGCCAGGCAAUCAGAUUCAUCGUUUCGAUACUUCUCUUGUUAAGCAUGUCUAUGGUGUUGAGCCUAACCCCAACUUUAAAGAUGUGAUUGAUAUCAAAUUGGACAAGCAUGGUCUGCGAGAGAAGUAUGAGCUUAUAGUGUGUGGUGUUGAAGAUAGUGAUGUUCUGAGAGAAGGGGGGAUCACGGAGGGGAGCUUGGAUGCUGUGCUAUGUAUCCAGGUGUUGUGUGCGGUGAAUGAUCCCAAGAACGUGAUGAAAGAGGUGUGGAAGCUGCUUAAACCCGGAGGCAAGUUCAUUUUUUGGGAACAUGGAUGGAGUCGAGACCGGUUGACGAAUGUAGCGCAAGCUUGCUGGAAUCCUGCUUGGAGCACUUUUGUUGGAUGUAAUCUGACACGGAAUGUGUUGGGGGAUAUUCUUAGCUGUGGGGAGUGGGAGAAUCCGCAUGAGAUCGAAGAACCUGAAGAGCCGUUUAGUUUGUUGCCUAGAAUUCAGGGUGUGCUUGUCAAGAAAGCCUAG